AUGAUUGGACCAUCAUAUCUGAUAGAUAGAAGGUCAGGAAUUAAGAUAGCCUUGAAUGAGCUAUGGCCAACUGCUGGGAGGAGAUAUUGCUGCAAGCAUUUAUCUGCAAACUGGAAGAAAAAAUAUCCAGGGCCGUUAAUGUAUGCACUAUUUUGGAGGGCUGCAAAUGCCACUUCUCUAUUUAAGUUCAAGAAAGCUAUGGAAGCCAUUGACGACGCGAACCCUACGGCAAGGGAGUGGCUUGCAGAUAUUAGAGAUCAAUCAAGAUGGACAAAGUAUGCAUUUGACCCUAAUGUUUGUUGUGACGAGAACAAAACAAACUUUGUUGAGAGCUUUAAUGCAACUCUUGGAGUUGAUAGGUGCAAACCUAACUUGAAAUCCAUGAAGUUGAAUAAGGUGCAUUUGUAUGAUAGGUAUAAGGAGGAGAGUGAAGUCCCUAAUUUCAGACUCAAAAUAACAUGUAAGGCUUUCAAUUCUAGUGAUGGGUUUCAUGAGAUUAAAGAUGGUAAGUCCACCUUGUGUGUGAGCUUAAAUGACAGAACAUGCAUGUGCAACACAUGGCAACUCAUUGGGAUCCCUUGCAAGCAUGAUGUGAGGGUCAUUCUACAUUCAAGCCAAGAUCCUAUAAGGUUUUGCAGUGAUUGGUACAGUUGCAAAAUGUACAAGCAAGCAUAUGCAAGCACUAUUAGAUCUAUUCCAGACCCUGAGCAUUGGCCAAAGAUGCAGUUCCCACUAAUUAAGCCACCAAUGAUGAAGAGAGCAAUUGGAAGACCUACAAAGAAUAGAAAGAGAGAAGCAGACGAAGAACGAAAGGGGAAAAGGUCUAAGACUGUGAAGUGUAGUAGACGCAAGGAGUUUGGACACAAUGUGAAGACUUGCAAGGGUGGAUUGACUGCUAAGCAAAAGAAGGGUAAAAAGACGAUUUCUACGUCGUCAUCUUCAAAAGCAUCCUAA